GAAUCUAAUAAGGGAGAGGCAUUGAUUUGGAGAGAGACGUACAUCGUAAGCAAGAGAAGGCGAGGAGACUCACAACUGCUCACUGCACUGGAACUUCACACUCCUCUCCGCCCAUUCAUAUCCCCAAAAUGUUCAACCCUCAAACUUCGCCACCGCCGCCGCCGCUGCCGCUCAUGACUCCGCCGGCAACCCCUCUCAACCAAGAAACGACGUCGUACAAGAAAAAUCGCAGAACCAGCGGAGUUCCCGUUCCCCUUCCUCACUCAGUGGAAGUGAUCGACGUUGACGAUUUCAUUCCCUCCGCCUUUUUCCAAGGCACGAUCAGGUCAAACGCGGUCUCCGUUGAGCGACACGACGCCGUUUUCAAAUCUGUCCACAUCAUCGACCUUUCCGACACCGAGGACGACGAUGAUUUACGUAUCCUCAAUUUCACUCCCGCGAACACCUCCUUUGGCAAACGGAAAAAGUUGAGGGGAGAAUCCUCCAGCGCAGCCCCCUUCGACUGCGAAAUCUGCGCUGAAACCAAAACCUCCAAGGAAGCCUUCUCCAUCAACGGCUGCUGCCACGUGUACUGCAACCACUGCAUCGCGCUCUAUGUCGAAUCCAAGCUCCAGGACAACGUCGUCAACAUAGGCUGCCCUGUGCCGCAGUGCAGGGGAUUACUGGAAGCCGAGGAUUGCCGUUCGAUUCUCGCCCCUGAGGUUUUUGAUCGGUGGGGUACAGCGCUGUGUGAGGCGGUGAUUUCUCUGGAGGAGAAGUUCUACUGUCCUUUUCCGGAUUGCUCUGUGUUGUUGAUUCGCGAGGGGAAAGAUGAGGAUAUCAGAGAAUCGAAUUGUCCUAACUGUAGGAGGCAGUUUUGUGCGCUGUGUAGGGUACCCUGGCACGAGGACCUACCCUGUGAGGAAUUUCAGAAACUGAACGCCGAUGAGCGGGGAAGAGAGGAUGUGAUGCUGAGGAACCUUGCCAAGCAAAUGAUGUGGAAGAGGUGUCCCAAUUGUGGGUUUUACGUCGCAAAAACCUCUGGCUGCAUGUACAUGAAAUGCAGGUGUGGGAGUGCCUUCUGUUACAACUGUGGGGUUCCUAACACAUCUAACCACCAUUAUUGCUCCUCCUGUAGAAAAUAAUAUUAUUAUGGCGGCAAGGAAGUUUCAUCUCAUGGAAGCUAAUCUAAACUCUUCUCUAUUACCUCUCACCUACUGACUUAAUUAUAUAUACAUUAAUAUUAUUAUGUACAGCUUAUUAUUAUUUAACUUUUUUCAAAUGUUAGAACACAAUUUCCAUAUGUUUCAUGUGACUUAAUGUCUGAGACCUAUGAAUCUUUGACAGCUCUAAGGUUCAUUUCCUUCUA